AACUGGCUCAGGAAUCCCAAGCAGGCGGGCAGUGUGCCCCUCCUCCUCCUCUCCAGCCUAGGAUGCCAAGGGAAUGCGGCCAGCAACUAUCUUGGGCCUGGGCAGGAACUGGAAUCUUCCUAGGCUGGGCCCCAGGGACAUUAACUCUUUGCGGGUCCCUGGAGGAGAGCCGUGAUCAUCAACAUGUCACUGACAGGUUUCCUGUGGUGCCCUGCGUUGCCCAGAGAGGACCCUGACAUCAAUUUAGGCAGAAAGGCCCCUCACCUCAUCUCAGAGAAAGAGUAGAAAGUUUCUUGCUUGUUUCGCUUUAUGUGGCUGGCAGAACGUUAAAUGCAGGGGAAUUCUGCGGAACAGGGUGCCGGCUGCCUGCGACCGAGAAGAGAUGGUGUGGAAAAUGUGCACUGUUGGUGAGGGUCUCAGCGAGCCUCUCCAGGGCCUCCAGCCCCAGCCUCGCGUCGCCAGCUGGCUCCCCAGCCAGGACCCCCAGCUGUCCUCUCCGGGAAGGGAGGGGGGAGAGGGGGGAGGCUGCGACAGCUGAAGAGGGUGCGGGGGAGGGGACGGGGGGUCCAGGCAGCGCGGGCCACACGUUGUAUCGCCGCGGGCUCCCCGCCCCUCCCCCUGCCCUCGGGCUCCGCACUAUUUUGGGUGGUGUAGACCCCGCCCCCGCCUCCGGGUGCUCGCGGGCCCUCGGGCAGCUGCAGGGGUCCCGCCGCGCCUGUUCGGGCUGCACCUCCGACCGGGGCCGCCGGCGCGUCCGCAGCCAUGUCGGGCCGCUCGGUGCCACAUGCCCACCCGGCCACCGCCGAGUACGAGUUCGCCAACCCGAGCCGCCUGGGCGAGCAGCGCUUCGGAGAAGGCCUCCUGCCAGAAGACAUCCUGACCCCCACCCUCUACCAUGGCUACUAUGUGCGACCCCGGGCCACCCAAGCUGGGGAGGGCAGCAGGGCAGGGGCCUCUGAGCUUCGGCUCAGUGAGGGCAAGUUCCAGGCAUUCCUGGAUGUGAGCCAUUUUACCCCAGAUGAGGUGACCGUGAGGACUGUGGACAACCUGCUGGAGGUGUCUGCCCGGCACCCCCAGCGCCUGGACCGCCACGGCUUCGUGUCCCGGGAGUUCUGCCGCACCUACGUCCUGCCUGCUGAUGUUGACCCCUGGCGGGUCCGCGCUGCUCUCUCCCACGAUGGCAUCCUCAACCUGGAGGCGCCUCGGGGUGGCCGACAUUUGGACACAGAGGUCAAUGAGGUCUACAUCUCCCUGCUCCCCGCACCUCCUGACCCAGAGGAAGAGGAGGAGGCAGCCAGUGUUGAGCCCUGAGUGCCACAGACCCAGCACCCAGUGAACCCCUUUCUAGCUCCCGUGGUGAUACAGCAGCUGCUCACCACCCAGAGGUAGCAGCAUCCUUGCGGGAGGGAGAAGUGCGUGGUCCACAAUGUAUGGUUUGGUCCCUUGGGACGUGUCAUAGCAUUUUCCUCUAGUUUUGGGUGGAGCUGAAUAAACCCAAAUCUCAGGGC